AUGAGCAAGUUCGGUGCCAUGAUCAUGGGCCCUGCGGGCGCGGGCAAGUCAACUUUCUGCGCCGCCCUCAUCACCCAUCUUAAUCUUAAUCGCCGUUCUGCCUUCUACAUUAACCUCGAUCCUGCCGCCGAAUCAUUUGAACAUGAACCAGAUCUUGACAUCAAAGAACUUAUUUCCCUCAAAGAUGCUAUGGAGGAAGUUGGCCUCGGACCUAAUGGUGGCCUGAUAUAUUGUUUUGAGUUCCUUAUGGAGAACCUCGACUGGUUGACCGAAGCUCUCGACAGUCUGACCGAAGAAUACCUCAUUAUCUUCGACAUGCCCGGUCAGAUCGAACUAUACACACAUGUCCCUAUUCUACCGGCUCUAGUCAAAUUUCUGUCCCAGCCGGGCUCUCUUGACAUCCGCAUGGCCGCUGUCUAUCUCCUGGAAGCGACAUUCGUCGUCGAUCGAGCAAAGUUUUUCUCUGGCACCCUUAGUGCCAUGAGUGCCAUGCUCAUGCUCGAGGUGCCACACAUCAACAUCCUGUCCAAGAUGGACCUCGUUAAGGGCCAAGUGAAGAAGAAGGAUCUCAAGCGCUUCCUUACACCUGACGUAGGUCUGCUCGACGAUGACCCUAUCGAGCGUGCGCGUCGUGUUACAGAGGGUCCUGAAGCCGAAGAUGACGAGUCAAAGGCACCUGACGAGAAGGAACAAGUAAUGAAAGGUGCUAGUUUUCGACGACUGAACCGAGCUGUGGCUGGCUUGAUCGAGAGCUUCAGUAUGAUCAAUUAUCUCAGGCUAGACGUGACCAACGAGGACAGCGUCGGUGCUAUUCUGAGCUACAUUGAUGACUGCAUACAAUUCCACGAAGCUCAGGAUCCCAAAGAGCCCCAUGAUGAGGAAUAUGAGGAUCAUGACGACUAG